AUGCCACAGACGUUACAGGAUCUCCUUCCAAGGUAAAUGCACUGUAUAUUUUACAUAUUACGGGUUUGAUAAUUAAGGUAAAUUAAUGAUACAAAAAUGUAUUUUUUUCUUAUUAGAUCUAUUGUAGAUGAACUAACGACACAAAGAUUAUUUUCCACGUGUUAGAUUUUAAGUUAAUUAAUAAUCCAAAUAAGAAUAUUUUUAGAGUAAACCUAAUGUAGUUAAAGUGGAGAGAAUAUUAUUUUUUUCUGAACACUUUCAAUCUAAAUAUUAAUUGAAAUAAUUAAAUAUCAAGCUAACUGAUUUUAUGAGAUAUUGGCGGAUACAGAUUCAUGAAACGUUUAAAAUAAAAUUAAAACAUUAAAUAAAAAAGUGUUUUUUUAAAAUAUAUAUUUUUUUUUAAUAAAUACAUUAGUUGAAAUCUUCUAUUGUUUUUAGCUAAGUGUUUCAAAGAACAAUAUAUUAAAUUAAUUCACUGUAUAACUGGCUAUUUCGCAACCCGUUGUGUGCUACAUUUAUAGGACAUUAGAUGUUACUAACUAACGAUAAUUACAUCUAUCUUUAAAGAUCAAAGAAUUCAAUUGUAUUGAUGUCCGAUAUGAUCCAUUCCACUCCUGGCAUUAAAUGUGUAAAAAAGACAAUUUGUAUCUAAUAAUGGAAAUUAGUGUAGUAAAUGAAACUUAUCUUUCUGUUUGUAUCAAUGCAUUCUACAAUUAUCUUAUAUGUCUUAUCUUUGGCCAUUACAAAGGCAAAGGUGACCACUACAGUGCUUAUAAAAGUUUGAAAAACUUGUCAGGUAUACAUUUCUACAUAAGGGAUAUUUUUCCUAUAUUAAAGGGUCUCUCUAAGCACACAAAUUAUUAUUUACCACUGCAAGGAAUAUGGUACGUAGAGUACUCUGCUUCCUUUCUCAUUGUCCAAAACAGUUUAUAAGUAAAGCAAUUAGUAAAAUUUGCUGUAGACAUAAAAUCGCCUUGUAGAGCAUUGAGCUCAAAAGAGACAUUUUACUUCCUCCUUUGCCAUCCAAACUCUUUUCAACUUAUUUGUACAGUGAUGUAUACUUCACUCACAGCUUGUAUGGGCAUCUUUUUCCUCUCUAGAUAGAGCUAUGGGAAUUCUUGCACACAGGUUAACACUUUGAACGGGUCUGUUAAUGAACUGACAUUAGCUGCAGUAUGGCUUACUGAAUAGAUGUCUUAAAAGGACAUUAUGGGCACCCAGACUACUUCAGCUCAUUGAAGUGGUCUGGGUGCAGUGUGCCUGAACCCUUUAGUCCAGUAAUGUUAAACAUUGCAGUUUUUGAAAGCAAUGCUUUCCUAUAGGGAGAGCCUAAUGUGCUUGAGGUGUGUACGUAUUAGGUUUCCCCGUCGGAUGACGUCGGAGGAGCUGGAGCGCCGACCCAGCAUCCAGGGACUUUGGCACUGCAAUCAGGUGAGUAAUUAAAGUUUUUUUUAAGCCCUUUAUGUGCUGGGUGGUGUGGUGGUGGGGUGGAGGGCUGGGGGACCAGAAAGCACUAUAGUGUUACGCAUACAGGUUUGUAUUCCUAAAACUAUAGAAUCACUUUAAGUACAUUCCCCUUAAACUCAGGAGGAUAGAAGGACAGGGUUUUCUGGGACAUGACAAAGUCUAGAGGGGCUUGCCAGUUUCAGCACUUGCCUGUGCAGGCAUGGAUAUUUUAGGAACAUUUGUUUAGUUAUUAUUUGGGGGGGGGGGUUGUUUUAUUGGGGUUUUUUUGUUUGUUUUUUUCCUGCAUUAUGUAUAUCAUGGCUUCAAAAAUUCACCACUGGUGAGUAGAAAUUCACUAUUGUUGAGUGUGUCAUAGACCCUCCAGGCUUACAGUCACGAGUAAAAAGGACUUCCUUUUGAGCCUUGAUUUUUAUAAUACACUAAAAUGAAAGGUUUAAUUUCUGCAUAUUGCAUUGCUUAAUUUAUCUCUUUCUUGUGAUGUUUUACUUCAGCUGCUGAAAUUGCAUACAAUUUACUUUACACAAUGCCUAUAAAACAGGGCCCAAAGGUUGCACUGCACUCCUGUUGUCAAUACCUAGUUAUAGAAAGGACCAAAUAUAUAAUAUGACAAAAUAGACUUUUGUCUAGGCAGAGGUUCCCAACCCAGUCCUCAUACCCACAACCAGUCCAGGAUUUAGGGAUUACCCUGUUGUGUCUCAAGUGUUUUGUUUUUCCUUUCUAAAAACAUCUUAGACACAACUGGGUAAUCCCUAAAUCCUGGACUGGAAGGGGGGUACUUGAGGACUGGGUUGGGAACCACUUGCCUAGAGCAUCAUUCAUUUUGAAGUGUAUUGGGAGGAAAGUUGGCACAGUUAAUUAUUAACCCUAAUUAGUUGUUAACUUCUUCAGAACAAGAGGCUAAUCAAAUUAUAUGAUAUAAUGACUAUGCUGGCACUUCACCUGUCAUGAAGAGUUUAAAAAUGACUAAUUCAAAGCACUGCUUGUCUCGUCUUCACAUUAAAUACACAAUGUUACUGGUUUUAUCUAUUUCAGUGCCCAUUCGUCAAAGUGCGAAUUUAUGCUAAAACAUCCCAGUUGAUAAAACUGUGACAUUUUCCAGUUCUGCUUUCUAUUGUUAACAUUUUCAAAUUACCUUUUCUUUAUGUCAGGACAUAUCACUGUUUAUUUAAUAAACCCACGUGCUGCAGUUCACAGCAGUGGGCCCUUGGCAGCAUCCAUCAACGAGCAGCUAUAUAGUUAUUUAUUUUGCUUCAUUAAUUUGCAGAAUGACAAUAGUGAGAAGUGGAUACGAGAUGUCUUCCAACGAAACCCCCGUAAAAGGUACUAAAACAUUUGUGUUAUUGCAAACUGUGACACAAUCAUUAGAAUAUGCAUUUCAUAGAGCAAUAUAUUCUGUUUUUGAUAAAGAAAACUGUAAUAAUACCUUGCCAGCAUGCUCUUUAAAUCAUAUGUAGAAAAUUAAAAGCAUUUCAUAACGAAAAAUAAACUUUCCUUCACAAAACACACAAUUAUUCUUUGCCUAGAUUUAUCAGAUUUCCUUUGGUGACAGUUCCAUUUUUAUUCAGCCAUGUAAAUACCAUUGAAUCAUUUAUCGGGGUGAAUAGUACAUAUAGGACGUGAUGCUCCCCCCAUAGCAAUACUGGGUACACAACAUCCCAAUUUUUCUCAGAUGUUUUGUGCAUACAUGUAUAGCAGGCAAGAUUUUCCCAUGAUGACUUGUGCAUGUAUAAUUAUGCACUCACUAUGCGCAUGGAAUCAUGGGACAGUUUGGAAUUUGCACUGUAUACAUUUUAUGCAAAUCUAAAUAAUAACAUUUGAGAUAUUUUCUAGAAAAAUUUUUUUUAAAUUAAUUUUGAAUCAACAAACCUUAACUUUGGAUUAAACAAAAUCUAUAUUGUUCUUUUUAUAGAUAAAUACUAAGAAUCACAAUAACAUAGAAACAUAGAAACAUAGAAUGUGACGGCAGAUAAGAACCAUUCGGCCCAUCUAGUCUGCCCUAUUUUCUAAAAACUUUCAUUAGUCCCUGGCCUUAUCUUAUAGUUAGGAUAGCCUUAUGCCUAUCCCGCGCAUGCUUAAACUCCUUUACUGUGUUAACCUCUUCCACUUCAGCUGGAAGGCUAUUCCAUGCAUCCACUACCCUCUCAGUAAAGUAAUACUUCCUGAUAUUAUUUUUAAACCUUUGUCCCUCUAAUAUAUAUUUUAGUACAUUGCUUUUUAAGCAGAACUCCAUAAUGGAAAUAAUUGUGAUUACUUUGCCUGGAUGGUAGCAAACAAACCAGUAGAUCGUUACUAUUAUUGAAUCCUGUAUGUAAAAAGUAUCCCAUAAACAAUAUAAUUACAAAAAAAUAUUUUAAUUUGAAAUAAAUAUGAUAAAUAUGUUGCUCACAUUGUAAAACAUAUGCUACACAUAUCUCAAUAAAAAAAUGUUUUACUCACAGAUCUCAAACUAAUAAAAUGGCAAUUGCAUAACAAAUAGAAAUAAAUUGCUUCCCUUGACUUGUAGUCUGCUGAUUUCAUUUUGAUACACAUAUGGACGGCCUCUAUGAGAAGAUUGCACAAGUACACAUCAAAAAAAGGAUAACAGCACAACACAGAAUAUAUGGUUAUUAGCUAAAUUGGCCUAGAGCAACAGGCUCAAAAAAGCACCGCUAACAUAGGUGUGGUAGAGGAUAAUAGAAAAAUCCUAAAUUAGAUACCACUGUAAAAAAAAUAAAAAAUGGAAAAAUUAGUUAGUGGGAGAAUGUCAUCACAACACAUGGAACACGAGGUAUGAUGCAGGGAGCAGUAUUUCAUGUGUUCAUUGUAUCUGUCUUGUUCUAGAUUAUACCAAUAGAACCUAUGAGGUUGUCAUGGUGUCAAUCGCUGGGAGCAUCAUGUUGGUGUCAGGAAUUCUGCUAAUACUCAAAGCGAUGAGAAGGUAAACUGGUUAGUGUCUCACUCUUAGAUCAGAUUAGAAGACUUUAGCAUCAGUAGAAGUUUUUAACUUACAAUAUUAUGUAUCCACAGGGGGCAUCUAGAUUAAGAUACAGUCUAUUCAGGGGGAUGGGGGGUGGGGGAGGGUUCCCCCUUAACUUUGAACUUUUCAUGGCUCUGAAAUAGCCUUCCAUUUAGUUCCCAUCAUAUUUUGUUUAUGAAAAUGUAAUGCAAUGAGAUUUUUGGAAAAGCUACAUAAGGCAGUAUUUCUUUUAGUAGAAGAUUAUUGUAUGUAUUGUGUUAAUGAGAAAUAUCUCAUUAUACAAAAAACAUUCAUCAAAGCUACUGGGAACCCUAUGGAGGAAAUUACUGUUGAGUUUAUUCAAAAAGGGAAUUUGUUAUCUUGAUACAUAAAUCAGGACAGACAUGGGGCUUAAAUUAGCAGCUGUACUGUCCGUUAUCUGAUAGUCAUUGCUCUACUAGGGCUCAUGAGGCUAAAGAUCACAGAAAUAUGAAAGGCAGCCCUGAUUAUUGUGAGGUCCUGAUACCAAGUGACUUGUAGUGUACACAAAUCCAAUGUACAAGUAAAAUGUAGCUUGUAACAUGGGAGAAUGGAAACUAGGAGCCAAUAAGCCUAAAGCUGGAACAAGCAAAUGGACUGAAAAGAAAAGGCUGUGAAUGCCAUCAGUGAUGGAGGAUCCUCAUCAGCCAGCAAGCAUCAGCCUCUACAAACAAGCUUGGAGGGCACAAGUGGAGAGCAAAGACGUAGAGGAACACCCUGAGUCACCUGCAUCAUUGUCAGUGAGAUUUGCCCUCCUGGUGUAGGGUCAAAGUGAUGGUUACUUAAGAGUCUUUGAGAGACUGCAUAUACUUAAAGAGGGAGAUGGAGCAGACAAUCUGCCCAUCCUAGCCAGUAAGCUCAAGGAGAGGGAUAUGGAACUCUAUCAAACUAUCCCAAGUUCUAUAAGAAGACUACACUAAAGAAUGUCCUGCUCUCAUGGUACACUAUAAUCCAUGACACCUACUGGUGGAACUUCCAAGGGUUCAAGGAGGGUCAUCUAUCUAGAGUAGGCCAGCAAAAUGGACAGAGUCUGUACUACCUGGGGCAUGGUCAAGAAAGCUACCCACUUUUAGGACUAUUAUCAGCUUAGGUUGGAGGAUUUCACCCAAUUUUUAUGCAUUUUGGACACAUACCAGAAUAGUGGAUAACUCUCUAGCAUCUCUCCAGCAUUUCCCCAUAGUCAGCAAACUCUUUUAUUUUGUGGUCAUAAUUAUAUAGUGAACCCAUGAUGUGGAACUAUCCAACAUCACCACUGAAUUAAUAGCCAAGGCCCUUAUUCCAAUAUUUAUUAUGGUGAGUUUUCUGGGUGAGGUCUUAUCAGACAACUUUAUGUCAAACUUGCUUUGGCACAUCUGGAAGCUUUGUUGUGUUUGCACCAUCUGGUAAAUACUGUACUGUCCACAAAGAAAAACAUCUCUGUGAAUGAUAUUUGUAUACAGAAAGGUGCAAGAGACCAUUGGAUUUUCCCUAACUAAGUUACUAUAUGGGCACUUGGUAUGCAAAAGGGAGAGACGUCAAACUCAAAAGGGAGGAUAAGACCAAACAGAAGGUCUGGUAUGGUCAAAAGCAAGAUUCUGCAAAUAUGUCGGACAGUAGGUGCUUGUUAAGGCUAUCACAGUCUAAAAAAGUUACAGCCUACUUUUUUUCUGGUUGCCACCUCAUGUUGCACAAGGUAACUACCACCACAUACUUGUUAGGAAUGCCUCGAGCAAAUGUGAUCAGAGAUCUUUUCAUUUGAACAUGCCAAAAAACAAGAAUUAGGAAAGCAAGUUCUUCUCCUUGUGGCCAUAUGUCAACCUAGACUCUUAGUAUUAGUUUAACUAUCAGCAUGUAGUACAGAUGCGUGGACAGUGGAUAAUCUGGAAACCCUUCCACAGGUGUACAUAAACAUAUGAAGGCCAUGAUGACAUGCAACCAUCUUUGGCCCUUGCCUACAGUGCUUGUGCAGAAGAAACAGACCAUCUUUCUUCUGUAUAGACAAAUGGAGCCUGAAUGACUGUAUUGUUAUGGAUGGAUUAGGAAUGCAUUUAAAUGAGUUAGAUUUCAGGUUAGGUCAAAUGGUUUUAUACCCUUUUUAGCUAUCCCACAUUAUAGGAAGAUAAGAUAUUUGUCGGUCACAAGCAUAUUUAAACAUAUAUAUUGUUGUUUUCUUUAACCAAAUUAACUUAGCAUACAACUAGUUGUUUUUUUGUUUUGUUUUUAAUAAACACUAGCUCUAAACUCCACAUAUUUAUGAUGUUAAGCAUUGGCUAUGUGAGCAUUCUAAGAUGAAUGAAUGAAUGUAGGGUUCAUGCUAUUUGUGAUCAAUGGUGGAUAUUAAUGGUAUGUUGUAACUCCCAGCUUUAUAACAUGUAUCCAAGUCAGGAAUGCUGCAAUAACGACAAAGACAUACACACAUUGUUUCAAUUAAGAUGUGUCAAUAGCAGUUCUAAUCGAAAUGCUGUGCUUGUUUGGGGAACUGGAUUUAUUCCAUGUUAAAAUUAUGACAAUCCCUUCCUGUCUGUGUGUAUCUGUAUGGGUUAAUUUUGCAGCAUGACAAGGCUAAAUUCCAAGGGUACACUAGAAGUUGAAUAAUGAAAUAGAGGAAAUUAUAAUGAUAUUUGGAAAGUACAAGAUUUGAAGGAUAACUACAUAUGAAUAGUGGAAUACAUACAUUACUGAUGGUGACUUUACACAGUUUAAAAAAAAUCUAGAAUAUAUUAAGAUGUUGAUGUUUUCAUUUGUUGCCGCUUGUCUAAAAGUGUUUUCUAUUGUAAUAAAGGCGAUGGGACAUCUGUGGUGGGUCUUAUGAUCAGUAUGUGGAAGAAGCACCAGUUUCAAAUAUCCAAGUCAGUCGGGACUCACGUGAUAACAUCUCCACAAUAGACAUCACAGGACCUGUGCACAUAACGUACGUUACUGAGAAGGAGAAAACAGCUUCGGAGAUUCCAAUCAGAACAGUGAAGCUAUCCAGAGAUGCUCUUCUCUACAUUUCCCUGAUAACCUGUAUUAACCUUCCAGACGACAUAGAUUCUGAGGAAAAUCUUUGAGGCUCGGCACUUCCCAGUGACAUUGUAUCAAUAUUGGUCUAACAAUCAUGAUCUGAACAGGUCAAACAUCUAGUAAAGCCAUUAUCAACAAGGAUCAGUAUGGGCCAUGUGUCCAACGUCCCUUCUUCUUUUGUCAAACUGUUUGGCAGUGCUGACAAAAAUUGGGUCUUUGUCUAGUACCUAGAGAAUGACCCCUAUACAGCAAAUAUGAUAAUGUAGAAUUUACCCUUCCACAUUAUCAAUAUCAACGACAACCAACAUGGCUGGUAGCUUUCGGCUUAGGGUUCAGGGCUAACCCAUGUCCAACACUCUCCGUCUGUCAUUGUCAUCCAAGUCAGAAAACAUAAGUAGGACGAAAAUUUAAAUUAAAUAUAAUAGAGUUAAUCUGGAAGGGGACAUUAUUUGCUUUCCAAAGAAAGUCCCAUUUUUGUCAAAUCACUCCCAAACAAUCUGACAAUAAAACGGAGACUGUGUCCAUAGACUCUUGGCAUUCUGUGUGCUUGAUCAACUGACAUAAAAUGUCUUAUUCUGUAUUCUUGGUCCAUCAAUAUGGUCUAUCUAGGCUGAAAGAAUAACAGGUAAAAGACUAUAUAUAUAUUUAGUCUUUUACCUGUUAUAUAUAUAUAUAUCUUUGUCAAGCCCAACUCACCAUAAUGAGGGAUAAUAACUAUUUUAAAAAGAAAAACAAAAAUAUAUAUGUCUAUCAAUGGAAAGUAUUCAUUUGGUUGGAAUCACCAGGAACAGAUUAUAUUGAUAUAUAGAAUAUGAUUGUUAUUAACCAGCUAUACUAUAUGAACAAUUCUGAUUAAAACUUAAUCACCUUUAGAGCAGGCAAAGCUGUAUAUAACUAUAUUUAAUUCUAUUAAUGCCAGAUCUAGUGAUAUGCUUCAAAGUGACCAGGAGAAUCCAACUUUAAUCUAGUCUGCGGUCUGUGCUGUUACUGGGGUUAUAGUGCAAAUGCAAACAAAAUCAAUAACUAUAAACAUGGUUUUGAAGAUGGAGAUUGAAUAUCGCAUUUCUAUAUGCCAGAGAACUGUUGGGAUAUUCCCAGUUACCAGUAAACGUCUAUAAAAUACAGUGUUCUAUUUAGAAAUAUGGAAUCCAUCACAUGAAUUCUCUGCCUUUCAAAAGACAUUGUAACUCAUUCCAGAGCCUUUUUCUGUAAGCUACAUUAAUAUGCCUUUAAGAACACAUGGGAAGGAUAUAAGAAUGCGUUGUAAGCGUUAAAGUAGUCUUAAUGAAAUUGCGUUCCUUCGUGUCUUCUUGCUCAAUGUACCGCCAAUCCUUCAAAUGGUUAGCCCUGUAUUUACAGAGUAAUUCAGUAAAGUUUGAAUUUAAAGUGAAUUUCAAAUUUAAGAUCAAAAUACAUCAAAG